AUGUCACGCAAAGGCGUAGGCCUUGCGGCCUUUGACCGCUCACGCCUCACAUCAGCGCAAUUCGCAUCUCAUGGCUCCUCUCUGCGCGCCAACAACGCCCAAGCUCUCGAAACGCAGCUCGCCGUGUUCCGCUCCCUCCUCCAGCAGUUCGCAAACACGCACGCUCGCGAUAUCCGCUCCGAUCCCGCUUUUCGCGCCCAAUUUGCUCGCAUGUGUGCUGCCAUCGGUGUAGAUCCACUAGCGAGCAGUAAUAGCAACAGUAGCUCGGAUGGAAGCUCUAUAUGGGCGCAGUUACUCGGAAAGACGGUCAACGAUUUCUACUUUGAGCUCGCUGUGAGGAUUGUCGAGGUUUGCGGCGCCACGCGCGGGGAGAAUGGAGGUCUUAUCGGUCUAGCAGAGCUGAGAGAGCGGGUCGCCGCAGGACGUAUGGAUGGCGCUGAUCCCAUUGCUGACGAUGAUGUCAGGCGCGCUGUACAGACGCUUGCUCCGCUAGGCGGUGCGUAUGCUGUCGUGCGUGUAGGUCGAAAGGAGUAUGUGCGGAGCGUACCCCGUGAACUCAACGAUGACCAAGUCUCGGUCGUUGAGGCGGCGCAAGUCCUGGGUUAUGUGAGUGUCAGUAUGCUGAGGGAUAACCUGGGCUGGGAUAGGGCACGCGCCCGAACCGUGAUAGACGAUCUCGUUGCGGGCGGCAUGCUAUGGGUUGAUAAGCAAACAAAGGGCGAGUGGGAAUACUGGAGCCCUGGGUUUAUGGCCGAGGCAACUGCUCCUGAUCAAGGCGACUGA